AUGGUCAAGCUUGUUGCUCUUGCCUUCGGGCUGCUCACUGCUGUGGCUCAAGUGAGCGCUCAACAGACAGUCAAGGUCAUGCCAUUCGGUGCUUCGAUAGUCAGCAGAUGUUGGCGCACCAACCUCCAAGCCAAGCUCCGCAGCGACUUAACCACAAACUUCGACUUCGUCGGGUCGCAAAAGAGCACAUGCGCUGGGACUGCCGUCGACCAGGACCACGAAGGCCACCCCGGUUCCCAAGCAACAGACUUCGCCGCCAACGGCAACCUGACCGUCUGGCUGGACCAGAACCCGCCCGAUGUCAUCCUCAUGCUGCUUGGCACCAAUGACAUCCUGAUUGGCAAGAAGUCUACCGGCGACAUCCUCAAGGCCUACGACACCCUAAUCGCCCAGAUGCGUGCUAAGAACUCCAAAAUGCAAAUCAUCAUCUCCAAUCUGCCCCCCCUGGACACCAAGCGCUGGCCACAGGCCGCACAGGACGGCAUCGUCAACUUGAACACCGCGAUCAAGCAGUACGUGCCCAGCAAGACCACGCGCGACAGCCCUGUGACCUUUGUAGACAACUACACUGGCUUCGAUGCGGUUGCCGAUACCGCGGAUGGCGAGCACCCCAACGACUCCGGAAAUGAGAAGAUGGCGACCAAGUUCUUUGCGUCGACGCGUGAUGCGAUAAAAGCUGUGAGUGCGAAGAACAUGACGACGAGAAAAUUUAAAGGAUUUUUUGGCCGUAGACUGGCGAUGCUGGCGCAAUAG